AUGGAAAUACCAAUAUCAACGAAUGAUUUGGGCACGGAAGACUUGCAAGAUGCAGAUUCAGACCCAGAUGAUAUUCCCCUAGCACAACUAUUUCGCCUUCCACCUAAUACCAGGUUUUUCUUCUCAAAAACCGACGAUAAUAUAUCUUGGAAGCAGUCAACAACUAUGAGAGAUCCUCAAGAAAAUACAUUUCUUGGUCAAAGUGAUCUUCCAGAAGACAUCUUACAGAUACAUGGUGCAUACAGUUUCUUCAAAUUUUUCUUCACGGAUGAAUUUCUUGCACAAGUUGUAGAACAAACGUGCUUGUAUAGUGCACAGAAAAGGCCUAACAAACCAAUAACCACAGAUAUAAAAGAAAUAGAGCAGUUCUUAGGAAUAAUCAUAUGGAUGUCUCUAGUAAGACAACAUUCCACUAGGAGACACUGGGCUGCUGGUACUAGGAUACCUCAAAUUGCAGAUGUGAUGAAUAUCAAUAGGUUUGAAGAGCUUAAACGCUUCAUUCAUUUUUCGGAUAAUAAUUCUGCUACUAAAAAUACAGAUAAAAUCAAGCCAGUCCUAAAUCAGAUAAGAACUGCUUGCCAAAAAAUUCCGUUCGAGGAGCACUUAUCUUGCAAUGAACAAAUAAUUCCCUUUAAGGGAAGAAUUUCACUGAGAACUUACAAUCCAAAAAAACCGCACAAGUGGGGCUACAAAAUGUAUAUAUUGUCUGGAUUCACCUCAAACUUUGAGCUUUGUAGUAAUAAAGCAGAUCUGACUUUAGUGCCAGGAGAACCAAAUCUUGGAGCUGCUAGUAACAUUAUUGUACGUUUGUGUAGACCCAUUCCUCGAGACAUGAACCACAAAGUAUACUAUGAUAACUAUUUUUCCAGCUUAUACUUGUUGGCUUAUUUACAAAAGCUAGGAAUACAAAGUGUUGCAACAGUUAGGUCAAAUCGCCUAAAAGGACUAGAUAUUAUGUCAGAAAAGGACAUGAAAUAA